AUGAGGAGGGAGAACCAGAGCAGCGUGUCCCAGUUCCUCCUCCUGGGGCUCCCCAUCCGGCCAGAGCAGCGGGGCGUGGUCUUCGCCCUGUUCCUAGGCAUGUACCUGACCACGGUGCUAGGGAAUCUGCUCAUCAUCCUGCUCUUCAGGCUGGACUGUCGCCUCCACACCCCCAUGUACUUCUUCCUCGGCCACUUGGCCUUCGCUGACAUCUCCCUCUCAUCUAUCACUGUCCCAAAGAUGCUGGUGAACAUGCUAACUCAGGAAAAAUCCAUCCCCUAUGUGGGGUGCAUUUCCCAGAUAUAUUUUUUCAUACUUUUUGCUUGUCUUGACAAUUUCCUCCUUGCAGUGAUGGCCUAUGACAGGUAUGUGGCCGUCUGUCAGCCACUUCACUACACCACCAUCAUGAGGGAGGGACUGUGUACCUUACUAGUGGCUGGAUCCUGGUUCUUCUCAUGUGUCCAUGCCCUGUUGCACACCCUCCUACUGUCCAGCCUGUCUUUCUGUGCUGACAAUACCAUCCCCCACUUCUUCUGCGAUCUCACUGCCCUCUUGAAGUUGACCUGCUCAGACACUUCCUUCAAUGAGCUGGUUCUCUUCAUCGAGGGUGGAAUGAUUGCCUUUCUUCCCAUGAGUGCUAUUUUGGGCUGUUAUAUCUGCAUUGGGGCCACUAUCCUCAUGGUCCCCUCCAUCAAGAGAAUCUGCAAAGCCUUGUCCACCUGUGGCUCCCACCUCUUUGUGGUGUUUUUGUACUAUGGGACUCUUGUAAUGAAUUACUUCUUUCCUUCAUCAAACAAUUCCAAGGUCAAAGACAUAAUUGCUUCAGUUAUGUACACCGUGGUGACACCCAUGUUAAAUCCCUUUAUCUAUAGCCUGAGGAACAGAGACAUGAAAUUGGCUCUGGGGAUAAUUCACAGGAAGAGGAUUACUUUUGCCAAAUAA